GGUAUUAUCUGGUGCUAAGUCUACAAUUUUCCAGGCAGACGGUCUUCGCAACAGAAACCUGACUCAGCGUGUUGUAUUCCCACCAGAUACAGCCGAUUAAAGCCACCCUCUACAGCGUGUUUGUAGGGAGGGCCGUGCCUUAGACAUGGUAGUGAGGAAGCUAAUCAAGCAAAAGCCGCGGAGAGGGAAGUUUUCGGGCAAGAAUUUCAAGAAGCGCGAGAUCCUUAUUAACGCAGAGGAGCAGGCACGACUCGAGGCGAAGAGCCUAGGGCUGCGAUACACCCCCCCGGCUGGCGGGAAGAAGAAAAAGAAGAAACCCAAGUGCUCCCGAUGGCUGUUUCCCGGAGCGCAUUACCCUGGGAAACCCGCCCCUCCUCGGAAAAACGCGCGGGAAAAUGACACGGAGAGCUCGGAUGAUGACGUGGACGCGCCGGAUAUGGAUAAGGGGAUGUUCGAACGGAAAGGGCCCGGGAAAUUGCGGUAUUUCGAGCAGAUGGUUGGACAGGAGAGGACGCAGGGGGGCGAGCUCGAUAGCGUGACGUUUUCGAGAGUUAAGGAUCGAGCGAAGGAGCGGGAGAAAGAAGAGAAGCGCGAGACGAAGCGCAAGGAGAAGGAGGAGAAACGUGAAAAGAAGAGACAGGGUAAGGAGACCGAGGAGACCGAGGCGAAAGGCGAGAGAGUCAGGCGGGAGAAGGAGGAGCGGCGAGCGGAAAAGCGUGCGAAACGCGAGAGCCAAAACGGUGCAGCGUGCGGGAAUGCUGGCCUCUCUGGUGCUUGUAACGGACCCAGCAAUAACGCGGCCACUCGAAGUACCGGUGCCAAUGCGACGACCAGCGGGUCCAAGGCAAUUGAAGCUUCGAAUGCGUCCAAAGCGAUAGAAGCUUCCAAUGCAGCAGCGGACAGCUCGAGUGAGGACGAGGAGGAGGCGAAGAGGCGAGCAGCGAUCAGCUCCGUGGUGGUCGAGGGGUCGCACAUCAUGGGCGCCGCUGCUACUGCUACCCCGUUCAGGCACAAGCGCAAGGCCAAGAGGGGGCUCCAUUCAACCCUGGCGAGCAAGGAGAGGAGGAGGCUGAGGAAGAUGGGCAUACAGCCAGAUGGGGAGGAGGAGGGCAGUGGGAGUGAGGAUGAGGAUGAGGGGGAAGACGAGGGAGGAGAGGAUGGGGAGGGGAAGGGUGGAGGAGAGAAGUCAAAGGACUUGAAGCUGAAGCACUAUCAGAUACGGGCUCAGGAUAUGCUGCAUCAGCAUUUGGAUAGGCUGCUAGAGAUGACUGUAUCUGCAGCAAAGAAAGGAUAUGGGGAAGGAGCGGGAGGGGAAAGGGGAAAAGGAGGAGGGAUGAAGCAAGCAGGGAACACAAGGAGUGCAGACAGUGACAGUACUGAAGGUCAUGACACUGGCAUUACUGGUACGAAAAAGGAGAAGAAAGACAAUACAGGGAAGAAGUCAAAAGGAUCCAAGUCACAAGGUAAGGAGGGAAAGGAAAAAGAGGGUCAGGAGGAUAAAGAGGGGAAGAAGCGAAAGAAGGGGAUGAACAAGGAGGCAAAGCAAGUCAAGGCUCAACCGCCAGUAGAAGUCAGUGGAAUUGCUCUCUUUCGGAAAGGCCCUGUGGUGUCACUGUCCUAAUAACUCCCCAAUCCGAUAUUUGGAAGAUGUUUUGGGCUCAGACGAAGUUUGUCAAGUUCUAUGGGCACUAGCUCUUCAUCUUUCUAGCAAUAUGAACUUGCCUAAUUUGGAGUAGUGAGAAGAUGCGGUAAGUUAGUAGCAGCGAAACCUGGAAGAAAACGCAACUGUAGAU